AUGUUGCUGGGGAAAGUGUCGUCCCUGCUGCUCCUCUGCCUCUCUGCAGCUGCAGAUCAGCAGAACAUAACAGUGAAGCCUGGAGACGAUGCCACUCUUCAGUGUCACUUUCCCAGUGAUGCUGCCUUCACGCAGUUACAGUGGACCAGACUGGAACAGAAGUCGGAUCGUUUCGUGUUCUUCUGCCGGAACAAGCGGUUGUUUGAAAGUUACCAGCAUCCGUCUUUUCGAGGUCGAGUGGAGCUAAGAGAUCCAGAGAUGAAGGACGGAGACGUGUCUGUGACUGUGAAGAACGUCACCGUCAACGAUGCUGGAACGUACAAGUGUGAAAUUAUCAGCAGCAUGAUAGAGAAUGGUGAAAGAACAACCAGUGAGUUCAGCAGCAACGUCAGCCUGACUGUCACAGACUCAGGUGAGUUGGUAGAGAAUGUUCUGUCCUCACCGACCUGACACCUGUUCUGCUCUGCAGGUCCCUCAG